GCCCCGGCUGCAGAUUCCCAGGGGAUCCAGGUCUCUCUGAACGAGGGUGCCCACCAGCUUCGCCUGUACCACAGUGGCCCUGCCACGGACCAGCCGUUCUCUGUCGGUGCCCUCACCUCCGCAGGACGGUAUGUCCCAUGUGCCAGCCUGCUAGUCAGGCUGCUCAAAGCCCCCGUGGACUCCAGCCAUCAAACCCUGCAGAGAAGCAUGGUUCCCCAGGGGGACUGGGUCAGACUCGGCCUCUUCCAGCCCAGGCCUGACUAUUCAGAUGGGAUCUAUUAUUCAGACUCGGUCGUGCCCACCGCCGGGGAGAGGUGCCUCUACAGCGCCAUGGGAAACAGGUCUGCAGUGCUGGUUCGGGAGAUUGUCCCUCAGCUUGCGGGAAACGAAGGCCUGGAGCUGAAUACAGAUGCGGAGAUCUCUACUUGGAUCAAAGAGAAACUGACCAGGACGAUGGACUGCAGCCCUCAGCCUUUCAAUCUUACCUAUGUCUCUCGAUACCUCCCUACAUACGGCAUUAAGUUUGCAGUGGAUGGUGCCAAGAAUCUACCCUGGUCUGGUUUGACGGUGGCUCAUUUCUGCUUCAAUCCCCCUGGGGCCUUUUAUUUUGGGAGGCCCUGGCUAAAAUACGAUCGUCCUGUCUUUGUGGAGAAGCUUGACCUUGAUAGCUACCAGCGAUGGCCUGUGUGGCUGGAUGGAUUCAAGUCCUUUCCCCAGAGGAUUUACAAUGAGUAUCUAACGGUGAUUAUCCACCUGUACGAAGUCCUGGUGAACCCUGAGCCAGACACUCCGGGCAAAAAGGCAGCCACCAGACCUGUGCCGAGAGGAAUCAUGAGGAAAGAGGGCGAAAGGCUGCGCUAUGCACUGGGGAGUGAAGCGUGGGCUAUUCUCCAAGUGUUCUCUAGUGGCUACUGCAACACUGAUGUUUAUCAGCUGCCUCUGUACCACGGGGCUCCCAGCCAGAACAUUGUGAUCUCCUUCUCCCAAGGGACGUGUGCCAGCGUUACGCAGGAGCUGGCGAACAGGAAAGUGAUUGAACUGGUGAGAGGGGCAUCGGUGGUUGUCCGUCUAGCAGAUGGUAGGCGGGAUGAAGAGCUUAGCCUGCCCCCCAAACAGGGUAUCAAUCAGUCCUACCUCCCCAAGGAAGGCAUACAGUUUUACAAGAAGGAGCCCGGUGGUGCUAAAGUUACAGAUCUGAUGCCACAGGAGAAGGCAGAAACCCAGCAAGAGGCCUGGCUGUUAAUUCUAGAUCACAUCUAGUGGUCCAGGAAGAAGACAGUUUACUUUCUAGAUCAGCCAAGCAAGACAACCAUGCCAUUUACGUCAUUGCAGGCUUCAAGUAGCAGGGUCAAGCUCCUUGGGACAUUUUGUUCACAGCACUCUAGAGAUGAGAAUUUGUU